AUGGAGCGACAGCUUGAAGCUCUGGAAAGGGAUCUUGAUGCUGCGCGGCGACAGGCUGAGCAAGAUCUGGAGAGACAGCGGAAGUCUGGAAGAGAUGCCGUGGAAGAGAUCGACGCGAAAUGGGAGAAAGAAAUGGACCACGCACGGAGAGAAUGGCGACAACGAGAAAACGAGUGGUCGACCCAACGAGAGCGACUAGGCAAAGGGCAUGACGAAGACCUUGCUCGCCAGGAAACCGAGAAGUCGCUCCUCCGAGCGCAAGUCUCUCAACUCGAACUCGCACUUGACAACGAGCGACGGUCUAUGGAACAGCUUCGAUCCCGGCUUGUCCACGAACAGGAUGCCCGCGAGGCCCUUGAAUCUGCCCAAUGCUCCCAGCGAGCGAAGAUCGAUUUCCUCGAAUCGAACUCGCAGGCGCAAAGUCAUGCCUUCACCGACAUGCAGCGUCGUAUGGACGAAGCCUUAGAACAAGCGGCGGAAUGCGAAGAGAAGCUACGGAAGGAAGAGGCAGUGCGACGCAAGCUCCAUAACCUCGUGCAAGAGCUGAAAGGCAAUAUUCGCGUCUUCUGUAGGGUACGCCCAGCUCUUGAAAACCAUGGCGUUGAGGAUUCGGCGGCCAAACUCGGCUUCCCGGACGUUGAGGCCGAAGGAAAGGAACUGACGGUGCUGGGGCCCGAGACUAAAUCAGCUUUGGGCAACGUCACGGCAUCUACGCAUGCAUUCUCCUUCGACAAAGUGUUCGGACCUGUGGCAUCGAAUUCCGACGUCUUCGACGAGAUUGCUCAGCUAGUCCAGUCCGCACUUGACGGCUACAACGUCUGCAUCUUCUGCUACGGCCAGACCGGCUCCGGCAAGACGUUCACCAUGUCCUCCCCCGGCGACGGGAUGAUCCCCCGCGCUGUCGCGCAGAUCUGGGAGGAGAAAGAGCGCCUCGCCUCCAAGGGCUGGACCUACGAGCUGACCGGCCAAUUCGUCGAAGUCUACAACGAGACACUCAACGAUCUCCUCGGCAACCCGGAAGACCUCGACAAGAAGAAGCUGGAAAUCCGCCACGAUGCCGCGCGGUCCCGAACCACCGUCGAGAACGCCAACGAGGAGCCGCUGGACUCGCCCGACCGCGUCCACGAGAUGCUGGCGUCUGCGGUCAAGAACCGCAGCGUCGCGGCGACUAAAUCGAAUGAGCGGAGUAGUCGCAGCCAUUCGGUGUUCAUGCUGCGGUUGAAGGGGGUGAACUCGCAGACCGGGGAGCGGUGCGAGGGGGUGUUGAAUCUCGUGGAUCUAGCCGGGAGCGAGCGUGUAAAGAACUCCGGGGUCGAGGGGGCGAGGUUGAAAGAGACGCAGAAUAUCAAUCGCAGUUUGAGCUGCUUGGGCGAUGUCAUCGCCGCGCUUGGGAGUCAGGGGAGUGGGAAGGAUGGGAAGGAAGCUUUCAUUCCGUACCGGAAUAGCAAGUUGACUUACCUACUGCAAUACUCACUCGGAGGCAACUCCAAAACGCUCAUGUUUGUGAUGGUGAGCCCGAUGCAAGACCAUCUAGGCGAAACCCUCACCAGCCUGAAAUUCGCUACCAAGGUACAUAACACCCACAUUGGUACCGCAAGAAAGCAGAGCAAGAUAAAAGAUUGA